GUCAGGACUCAGCAUCGACUGUGGCGCAGCACCGCCGGCUUGACACCCACGGCGUGGAAGCUACGCAUACCGCAUGGCAUGAGGUCCAAGACUCCAUGUAUUUAUAACUUCCCGUCUUUCUGUCGUUGUCCUACUGUAUUAAUCUUUAUCAACCGCCAAACCCGCAUCGCCUAAUCCGAGUCAUUGCCAGUCGUUCCAUCAUGCCAGACGUCCAUCUACUUGUCUUGAUCCAUGGAAUGUGGGGUAAUCCCUCUCACGGCGAAGUUGAGGACGGUGACAUUAAGCUUGAGGUUCUUCUCGCUGAAACCAAUAAGGAUGAAUCCACAUAUGACGGAAUCGACUGGGGAGGUGAAAGAGUGGCUGAAGAGAUUCGACAGAAAACCGCAGACUUAGAGAAGGAAGUCAAAGUUUUCGAGACGGUGCAACCCGUGAAUUUUAACACUUUAGCUACCCCACACAUCGGCAUACCCAGAUUCCCUUCAACAUUCUCUUCGAUAUCGGCAUUUCUGGGACCAAAGCUUCUUUCCCGUUCGGGCGAGCAAUUCUUCUGUGUCGACAAAUGGUCACCACGAGGACGGCCACUCGUAGAGGUCCUUGCUGAUCCUGAUCGCAUUUUUUAUCAGGCAUUGAUAUUGUUUCCUAAUAUUAGAAUUUAUGCCAAUGCCAUCAAUGACUCGACUGUACCGUACGUCACUUCUGGUAUCAGCGCAGAAGACCCCUUUGGCGAGUACGAGAAGAAUGGCAUCAAAAUUGAUUUCCACGAGAAGUAUAAGCAUGUCAUCAAAUCUUAUUCUGCCCUUCCUUUAUCAUCUGCAACCACGAGAGAGCCGGAAGGCUGGUUCGAUACUAUCCGUAACAUGCGCGCGCCAUUACCUCCGCGAUUCCAAGCCGAGUUUCCUUUGAACUUGGCCGUUUAUACCCUCUUACCAAUCCUCUUCCCGACAUUUAUCUGCCUUGCUCUCAUUCGCCUGUCAUUUCAAUCGCACCAGUCUCGUGGUCGAGUAAGACAUCUUGAAGCGCAAACAACUAGAGAAAGACUUGUUCACAUUAUCGCCAAACUGGAGAGCGAGCUCGAAAGCGCUGCAGUUGAUUUAUACGAUGACCCUGCUGGCACUCCCAUCGCCACAUCGCCGAUACCUGGUGCUGACCCCGCUGACCCGACCAACCCCACCGAGCCUACGAAGGAAAAAGGAAAGAAAUCGCGAUCAAAGCCACCUCCAUACCAACCUUUGUUGACACCCGGUCAACUUCAGAGCAUAGAAAAUCUCAACAAGAUACCGCAGUUGAAGAAAGAGCGAGCCUUCUUUGAGGGUGUACGCAAUUCUCAUGCAAUGAUAAUCUGUCGUGACCCCAAGAUGUUCAAACAUCAUUUAGAAGGCGAGGGCGUGUUACGACACUGGGCGGAUCACUUCGAACUAUAGCUUUUAUUGUGUUUUCGUUGUAUUGGUUACUUACAUGUAGAGCAUUUACAGAGACAAUACUACAUAUCGACCUAAUAUAUUGACACUCGUGAUCAUGAUGGUACGUCACGGCGGACUGUCAUUCGGAGGCUUUUAAUUUUGUAAAUAUUCUUUAUCUCGACUCG